AUGUCGUGUAAUCAUGUGGCUCAGAAGUUUCUGGAUAGCAACCCAGCUUUUGCCAAGCAGUACUACGACAAGACAUUCCAACCCAAGGUCAUCUCGGACUUGUUGUCAAACGAUAAGAAGCUGGAGGUUGAUAUGAGUCGUUUCCAUGAGCUGAGUGCCGUGGAGGAGAGUGACAUCAUGUUUGACCUGAUGAGGGACAUUCAGGACAACGUGCAGAUGGAGAGGGCUAUCUUCAACCUGAUGAAGCACCUCUCCUUCACAUUCUGA